GCCUGCCUCCCGGGAAUUAGGCUUGUAUAAUUCCCCUGAAUGGGAAAAGAAAGCCUUUGAAUAAUGAGUGUGUUUUACACCUGGGUUGGGGACACCGUUGUGGAGUUAAUGCUGCUUGUUCUCGUCAGUAUUAAUUGUAGGUAGGAUUUGUUUGCAAGUAAGAUUUUUUUCAUUAUUUACUAUUUAUUCCAACUAGAUUCAUUUUAAUUUUGUUAAGAGAUUAGAAUAUUUGUUUUUGUUUUUCUUUUUAGAGACAGUCUCACUUUGUCGUCCUCCGUAGAGUGCUGUGCCAUCACAGCUCACAGCAACCUCCAGCUCUUGGGCUUUGGGGAUUCUCUUGCCUCAACCUCCCGAGUAGCUGGGACCACAGGCGCCGGCCACAACGCCCGGCUUUUUGUUGCAGUUUGGCGGGGCCAAGUUCGAACCCACCACCCUCGCAUUCUUGAGGUCAUCUGCACCUUCUGACUGGGAAAAGAUGGUCAACGUCUUGAAAGGAGUGCUUAUAGAAUGUGACCCCGCCAUGAAGCAGUUUCUGUUGUACUUGGAUGAGUCCAAUGCCCUGGGGAAGAAGUUCAUAAUUCAAGACAUUGAUGACACUCACGUCUUUGUAAUAGCAGAGUUGGUUAAUGUCCUCCAGGAGCGAGUGGGUGAAUUAAUGGACCAAAAUGCAUUUUCUCUUACCCAGAAGUGAAAAUAUUAGAUACUGACCACUUAGGAAUUAUAAGCAGCAAAUGUGAAAAACUCACCACUUGGUAUCUUAUUGUGACUGAUUAGACUUAGAGGAUUGCUCAGGAGUCUCCUAUGGGAAAGACUAAGGCUCAUUUGUCAAGAAAAAUGCCUCCUGAGCUGAUUUUGUUGUACCCUAGAAUUUAGAAAAAAGAAAGAAAGAAAACUUUAACAGUUGGCUGUAAUAUGGCUUGUUAUCCCUUAUUAAAAUAUAAAUGUCAA